CAGGUCGCGGCGACCACCAAGAAGACGCCCAACCCCCGCAUCCCGAACUACCCGAGCAUGUCGUCCCAGCUGCUGUGCCAAGUUCACAACAUCACCAUGCAUGUAAGUGCACACGGUUCAUCUUCAGGUUCAGGUGUAGGGGUUAGUUGCCGGAUGCAUUAGCCAUUUAACCCUGAAGAAUGCUUGAUUACUUGUCUUCCACACGCCGACAAGGACACCGAUGAGAUGUAUGCACAGAUGACUCUUCAACCAGCGAACUCUGUAUUUCUGUAAGUACUGUUUGCAAUGGAGCUUGGUGAAGAAAUUCAGAACAUGCUGAACUGAAUUUUUUCUAGAGUGUUAACUGAAAGUGUAAAACUGUCACCUGAAAGUGUAAAUCUGGCCAAAACAUCAGGACUCCACUGAGUUGUCACCAAUCCUCGUAUUCUAGUAUUAUUCAAAAUGUCAAGCAAAACUAUAUGCCUCCCUCAACAUUUGGUCAUCCCAUUGGUUCGAUAAAGUCAGAAAGCAUGCCUUCCAGUGCAGCCAAGCAUCAGCAGCUGCAUGCCCCUAAGAUGCAGAGAGGCGAUUCGGAAAGCUAUGAAGUUCAACCUGCCACUGAUUCAGUUUCUACGUCGGAGCUACAUGUUGCAGGAAGAGAGCCAAGAAACAUAGAUAAAUAUCCAAGUCAAAGCAUUUCAGAGCAAAAUGGCAAGGGCGAGCCAAGAGUCAAGCCUAGGAGAAGCAAGAAAGGCUCAUCUCGCAAAACUAUUUCAGAGAAUUCUGAACUUUCUUCGGCACCUUCACGGGUUAGCGAUGACUAGCAGAAUAUUUUAAUGGUGCUCUGUUCUGAUAGAUGAGGAGACGAUAAAGUAUACACGCACGCACGCAUCAAACAAGACGAAAUAUUUCAAGACUGAUCUCUGCUUUAAGAUGCACUGAUCGGUGUUGUUCAUGGAGCCCGAGGGUUCGCAGAGGGACGAGGUGUGGAAGAUCAAGCCUUACCCGCGGAAAGGCGACGAGUUCUGCCUCAGCCACAUCACGGAGCUGACGGUGAAGUCGAGCAAGGUGGCCGCCGAGUGCACCAGGUACCACGACGUGCCCGUGGUGAUCUUCUCGCUCACCGGUUACACGGGGAACCUCUUCCACGACUUCACCGACGUGAUCGUGCCGCUCUUCACCACGGCCAGCCAGUUCAACGGCGAGGUCCAGUUCCUCAUCACGGACAUGGCGCUCUGGUGGACCAUCAAGUACCACACCCUGCUCCAGAAGUUGUUCAAGUACCCCUUGAUCGACUUCAGCAAGGACGAUCAGGUGCACUGCUUCAAGCACGCCAUCAUCGGCACGCACGCCUACAUGGAGUUCACCAUCGAUGCCUCCAAGUCGCCGCACGGCGUCACCAUGGUCGAUUUCAACCGGUUCAUGCGCGCCGCCUACUCGCUGCCCAAGGAAACUGCGAUGGCGCUCGGGGAGAGCCCCAAGGUCAAGCCCAGGCUGCUCAUCAUCAAGAGGCACCGCACCAGGAUGUUCCUCAACCUGGAGGAGAUCAUCGCCAUGGCCGACGAGCUUUAUUAAUUCAGGUGCUAUUUGAAACGGCCUGGGUGUUGAUUAGUAAGUGAUAAAUGGAAGGGUCAUUUUGCAAAACCACCAACCUGCCUCCACUCUGUCCACUUGGCGUGCUGUGAUUCGCCGUGGACUAAAACUGCACAAGAGAAACAAGUUGUAGGAUCAAAUAGGAUCACUUUGCAAGUUUUGAAAUCAACCCAUCACAUUAUGUACAAGUUGUAGGAUCCCUGGUGCUAUUAAUCAUUCUUGACGGGUUA